UGCCUCUGCGCGCCCCGCCGCUCGGCCCCGGGUCAGGCCGCGCAGGCCCGCGAUGCGUGAGCCCCGGGCCCGACUUCGGCCCGCCGCCCGCACGGACGCCACGGACACGGGAGGAUGGAGCGGCCCGGCGGGGUCCAGGCGAGCGCGGGGUGUAGGGGAGCGCGUCCCCCGGCCCUGUCCCCCCAGCUCGCCCCCUGCACCCCGCACGAGCCGCCGUCCCCGUGGGGGCCCUCCUCCCCUCGGGCCAGUCCCUCACAACCCGUCGCUCUCCCAGGGGGACUCCAUAAGAUUAGGCGCAUCUGGAGUCUGCAUUUAGAGGCCGGGUACGGGGCGGAGGGGACGGGGCCCGACGUCCGGGGCCGGGGACACCCAGGCACGCGGUAAAGCGGCGUGCGGAGCUGGAAGCGGGCCUUCUGCGGGUGAAGGCCAAGACCUGGGGUCCCCCGGCCAGUAGGGGAGCGACUGGGAAGGCCGUGGGCGCGGCGCCUUUAAGACCUGACCGCCCAGUCAGGUGACCGGGCCGUCGCCUGGCAACAGGAAGCCGCGCGGACCCCUGAGCUCUCCCACCGACUCCACGGAGGUCAGGCUCAUGUCCGAGGCGAACCCCCGAGAGUGCGCGGAGGCCGCGGAGCCCCCGGCCCCGGAGGCCCCGGCGCCCGCGCCCCCGCAGAGAACCAGCGACUACUACCGCAUAGACGGGGAUCUGCCGGUCAGGUUCAACAACCCGGAGUGGUUUCGGGGCUACGGGACCAAGGAGCCUGUCUCCGUGUACAGGACCAGUAACCAAGCUUACGGGAGCAGGGCCCCCACCGUGCACGAGAUGCCGAAAGUGUUUUACCCAAAUUCGGGCAAGUUUUCCAGACAACUUGCAGCCGGUGGGAUGUUCCGGAACAAUACUUUCAACGUCUUCAUGGAGAAGAGCGUUGUGACGGGUCCCGACAACUACAUCACCUCCUACGACCGCUUCAACUUCCACCCCAGCUACAACGUCAACAGGCCCUCCAUCUGCGAUUGAGAGGUCAGGGGUCCCCUGACACCAGCAGCAAUGACCUGACACAUUGUCCCCCGUCUUCCGUAAUUUGCCCAAUCGUGAAGGUGCAGACUUCACUGCUUUCCCUGACAAUGUUUGCUCUUUACGUUAGGAAAACAUGCGGACGGGGCAGUAACGUCCUACGUGCUCCGUUUUACUUCUGAGCUGGGAAGGAUGUUAGUGGCUUGACUUUCCAUUAAAAAAGUCGCAGCAUCCUGAA